AUGUCGAGCCCAGUCCGUAUGACAAGGGAGUGGCACGGCUCAGCGCUGCCCUUGCAUGUCACAAUCCCGCUGCCGUCACCAGCCGAACUGGUGCGGCUCUGCACCAAAUCUCACCCCCUUGGUUAUACCGUCGGCAUGCCCUACCCAGAUGCGGAUUCUCCUGUUUUCUGGAUCAAGUAUUGUUCGUCCAUCAUAUGGAACGAGCUGGCCGCACAGAAAAUGGCUCAUGAUGGACUUGGCGAGCUCAACUCCCCAGUCAAGGCACCGGCGGUCUAUUAUGGCUGCCAGGUGACUGUCCAUACAGGUGACCCCGAUGCGUGGCCUCAACGUCGAUCAUAUGUUGUGAUGGAGUAUAUUCCAGGCAAGACUGCGGCUCAACGCUUGAAAGAGGCAACUGAUGAUGCGACCAAGGAUGACAUAUACAAACAAGUAGCGCUGGCUUUGUCAGAGUUGCAUCGCAUCCCGGUGCCCCAGAACUCGCGUCCCGUCGCUGUCAACGGAGAGACCAUAUGCAACGUGCUCUUUUACGACAACGUGGCCUCACUACAUUACAGAAAUGUAACUGAAUUAGAACAACACUUUAAUGCGUUUCUCUCCCUGACAAGACAAAAACAUCGCGUCAAGAAUCUUGCGCAAGAACCCAUGGUAUUUUGUUACUCGGACAUUUGGCUAGGCAACUUCAUACUCGAUGAUGAGGGCCGCAUUACUGUAGUGGACUUUGAACUCGCGAGUAUCCUGCCGUCUAGCUUCUCCAAGCUUGCCCUAGCCGAUUCCCGAUCGAAAAUGAACAGAGACAUUGGACCCAUGGUGGUAGUUCCACAAGCAAAAGACAUUGAUAACACACGCGCACUUAGUGCCAUUUCAUGCCUAGUACAGGUGCGGGCAGGGUUUGCAAAGGCCGGCCGCAAAAUUCUUGGAUAUUAUGAGAUGGAAGAAGUUGACAGGGUGGAUAAAUUGGUGACAGACGAGCAUGGACAACCCGUGUCUGCGCCGGCCGAGACGCCGGUGACCCCGGAACCAGAACCAGAACCGGAGCCGGAACCGGAACCGACAAUAGAUUACUCUGUGCAGCGUCUACCGCCGCCCAUUAGCCCAGGGUGGGAGCAGAAGUGGCGACAAUAUAUGGGCGAGGAACACGUCACACAGGCGAAAUCGAAAUCCCCCUUAUGCCUUAAAUAA